AUGAGGAAUAAAACAGACGAGUUGAGAGAAAACCGGAAACCAAAAAAUGGUCCCAAGAAGAGGAACUCCUCCUGCCAUAUAACCAUCGCAACCGAUCCCGAUUUCAAUCAAACACUUGCAGAUUUAAAGCGUCGGAAAGUUAAAUCAUCAAAAACUACUUCUUCAUCAUCUGGUGCUCCUGACGAUUCUCCAACAUCGAGAAAAACAAAAAAGUUCAUCGGCCGAUUCUUUUACGAGAAUGGUUUUGAUAUCGACGCCGUCAGCUCGCCCGCAUUCCGGAGAAUGAUUGCCCAUUUCUCCGAAAACACAAACCGCCCUAUCGAAAUCCCGACCCGCCGGGAGCUAAAGGGAUGGAUCUUUGACGAUGCCAUGGGAGAAAUCCUCGAAUACCUCGACAGAAUUCGAAGCUCGUGGAGCGAGACAGGCUGCACGAUUCUGCUCGAUGGGUGGACCGACAAAACGGGCCGUGAGCUGGUGAAUGUUCUGGUCGAGAGCCCAAAGGGCACUGUCUACUUACACUCGUCCGAUAUUUCGGACUACAUAGAGAACAAAGACGCCAUGCUGGCGUUCCUCGAUCGGAUACUAGAGGAAGUGGGACCCGCUAAUGUUGUCCAGAUCAUGACCUACUCGAUUUCAUCCUUCAUGAAGGAGGUUGGCUGGCAGUUAAUGGAGCGGCACCGCUCGAUUUUUUGGACAGUCGACUCGUCCCGUUGCAUCGAGCUCAUGCUAGAGAAAAUCAAGUCGAUAAGCCCCAUUCGGGAGACGCUCGACCGGUUGAGAAUCGUCACGGAGUUCAUCCAUGGCAACCCGAACGCACGAAAACAACUUGGAAAAUCGACCGAGCAAUCGAGACUGAGUUCGAUGGAGCCCUUCAUGACGCUCGAGAAUCUCUGCUCGCAAGCGGAAGAGCUGAAGAGCAUGUUUCUCUCUCCCGGUUCGGAAUUUUCCUUGACAGAAAACGGGAAAAGGGUAGCCAGCUUGAUCGGAGACCGAUCUUUCUGGAGUGGGGUGAAGACCACACUUCGGGCAGCUAUGCCACUCGUGAUGGUUGUGGAGUGGAUGGAUAAGAACAAAAAGGAUCAGAUUGGUUAUAUAUACGAGACGAUUGACCAGGUGAAAGAGAGUAUCAGAAAGCAGUUGGGUGAGAAGAGAUGUGAGUACAAGCGGUUCUGGAAAGUGAUUGACGAAGUGUGGUCCGGUUUUCUGUACAGUCCUCUUCAUGCCGGGGGUUACUUCUUUAACCCGAACCUUUUCUACUCGGAAGAUGUUUAUGUCGACCCGGAAGUUGCCACGGGAUUGGUCUGUUGUGUUGUUCGAGCCGAAGAGGAUAUGCGGAUAUUGGAUCGGAUUAUUUUUCAGAUUGAAAAGUAUAGAGUCGGUGCUGGUGGGUUCCGGUUGGGGUGUGCUGAUGGUGAAUUUGAUGUGUCUCCAGUGGUACGUUAUGACCUGGAGCUACACCUUAUCCGGGUUGGUUAUUUGGACCGGUUUGCAAUCACACUGGCCGAGCACGUAAUAACCAGUCGGGCCAUCCGCGCCGCCACGGCGCUGACCGUCUCCGGGCUGAGCGGCUCGUCCCUUAAGGCACUACCAUCCCCUCCCCUGUGUAGAGUUUACCGUGUUGCUUCGAUCGUCUAUGUCAGGUGCUUUAGAGCGGGUUUUCGACGUGUUCCGCGAAGUGGUCGAGCGGAUGGCUCUGGCCGUCUUCAUGGGAUAGUGCUGAG